GUGCCUCCAUCAGCCUGCUGGCCCGGUGGAGGAACCGACUGCGGAGGGGAGGGCCGGGGGCAGAGGCGGCUCAGUUGCGCCUCCUCGAGGCCACGGCCCUCCGCAGGCGAGCCGGGUUGCGGUUUCCCUUCUCCGCCCCCGAGCCCUCCUCCUCUGCAGCCCCUCCCACCGGGAAGCCACUACAGCGCCUGCGUCAAUUCUGCCCUGCCCCGUUCCCUGCUACCGACCGGAUGUUUGCCGAUUUCCCAUAGUGCCUUGCGAGUGGCGGGCAUGAGAGUAAACUGCAAGGGGUUGCUAGCGGGUUCUAGUCCUCAUUGUUGGGAGUUGUUCUGUUUCGCCGCGGGGCUCUAGGAGAUUGGCGUCUGGUUGCUGCCUUGUAAGUUGGUGCAAAUGGCGCUUUUCCGGGGUAUGUGGAGCGUGCUGAGUGCCCUGGGAAAGUCCGGAGCGGACCUCUGCGCGGGCUGUGGAAGUCGGCUGCGCUCUCCCUUCAGUUUUGCAUAUGUACCGAGAUGUUUUUCAUCCACCGUGAAUAGUUAUCCAAAGAAGCCUCUGACUUCAUACGUUCGAUUUUCUAAAGAACAACUACCCAUAUUUAAAGCCCAGAACCCAGAUGCGAAAAAUUCAGAACUAAUUAGAAAAAUUGCCCAGCUAUGGAGGGAACUUCCUGAUUCAGAGAAAAAAAUAUAUGAAGAUGCUUACAGGGCAGACUGGCAAGCAUACAAAGAAGAGAUAAACAGAAUUCAAGAACAGUUAACUCCAAGUCAGAUUGUAUCUUUGGAAAAAGAAAUUCAGCAAAAACGUUUAAAAAAGAAAGCAUUAAUGAAAAAGAGAGAAUUAACAAUGCUUGGAAAACCGAAAAGACCUCGCUCAGCUUACAACAUUUUUAUAGCUGAAAGAUUCCAGGAACAUAAGGAUGGGUCAUCACAGGUAAAGCUGAAGACAAUAAAUGAAAACUGGAAAAAUCUCUCUAGUUCUCAAAAGCAAGUGUAUAUUCAAUUAGCCAAUGAUGAUAAAAUUCGUUAUUACAAUGAAAUGAAAUCUUGGGAAGAACAGAUGCUUGAAGUUGGACGAAAUGAUCUUCUGCGUCGCACAAUAAAGCACCAAGCAAAAAAUGACACCGAAGAGUAUUAAAAUAGAAGAUUGAGUUAUGUUCAUAAUGGAUAGACAACAAACCAAUUAGGUCUCAGUACCCGAUGCUAUUGAAAAUUAGAAAGGAUAAAGUUGGUGAACAUUUUAUAUAUUCCUUUUUAUUUAGCCCAUGGACUUCUGCCAGUUCAAUACAUUUUGUAGUAGUAUCUUGCUUUGGAAAACCCAAACAGAUAAAAAGUUCAUGUGAAAUUUAUUUUGUGUUAAGGGAACUACUGAGAAUCACGAUAAUCUAUGAAAUGCAGUAGUGAAUCAUUUUACCUUUGAUAAAGGUAAAUUAGACUGUGAAGUUUUUUUAUACUUGAUGACUGAAGGAGUAUUCUUGUUUCCUUAUAUAUGUAUGGAGGCAGGAGUUUCAUAUUCAAAAGUCUCCCAAAUUGUAGAAGUCAUAGUGUUUUAUGAUACAGUUGUACAUUUUAAAAGAGGGGUGCCUGGGUGACUCAGUUGGUUUUGCGUCUAAUCUUGUUUUUGGCUCAGGUCAUAGUCUUAACAGUUUAUCAGUUCGAGCCCAACAUCUGGCUCCACUCUGACGGUACAGAGCCUGCUUGGGAUUCUCUCUCUCUCUGCCUUUCCCCCACUCAUUCUCUCUCUCUGCUCCUCCCCACUCAUACUCUCUCAUUCUCUUUCUCUCAAAAUAAAUAAACAAACUUAAAAGAGCACCCAGAACUCCUCUAUGUAAAUGGCAGUUCCUAGGUGUAAUUCAUAUAUUCAGAAUUGAUGGCUGUACAUGCAAGGAAUUGCUGGUUUCUGUUGCCACUUUUUAUAAAAGAGUUAGAUUUAUAAACUUUUCCUCAUUGUCUUUUUUCCUAAAGUAAAAACCAAAAAAAUUAUGUACCAAAUCUAUGCAUAUUGUUUUAUGUUGCAUAGAAUAAAAAUUUUAAAUGUUUCCUAAUUACCUGUUUUAAGAUGAAAGAUUCAUUUUGCAAAAUUUUUCCAGUCGUGUUUCCUUUUCUAAAUAGGAAUAUGUAUUCUGAACUAUUUUCUCUUUCCCAUGUGAGUAUAUUUAGUCAGGAAAUAGUCAACUUGUCAAGUACAAGUUUUAAAAUGAGAGAUCUAAAAAUCAAAAUCUUUAGACUUGGAAUUUAAACAUUUUGCAUAACAUAUAAAAGCCCAUAUAAGGGUUAGCUAAUUCUGGUGUAUAGGCUAAAUCUAGCCCAAUGCUUUUUUUUUUUUUUUUCCAUGACCUGUGGGCUAAGAAUUGUGUUUAUAGUUUUAAGUGAUUAAAAAAAGUUUCAAAACAUGAAAAUUAAAAGAUUUGGUGUCCGUAAAUGAAGUUUUAUUGGGACACAGUUAUAUUUGUUCUUUUACUCAAGGUUUAUGGCUGCUGUUGUGGAACAGUGUUGAGUAGUCAUUUCAGAGACUGUGAAGCCUGCAUAGCCUGCCUAGAAUAUUUGCUAUCUGACCCUUUACAAAGAAAGUUUGUCAAUCUAUGGCCUAUAGUAUAGACUAGUGUGACUAGGGUUCUGUGCGUAACUACUAGUGUCCAAUGUAUAAUUGUUAGUAAUGGUGUAAAAUUCUUUUAGAAGUUCUUGGUUUUAGAAUCUUUGUCACCAUUAUCUUAAGAGGAAAGAAGUUAACUCACUGAAAAAGCUAAGCAGAGUUGCUCCACAGUGUUAGCAAGGAAAGUACUGUAGGUUCAAAUUAUUUUCAGUAUAAUAAAAAAUGUCCAUAUAGUAUGGGAUGAGAUUCUUUCAAAUUAUUUGUUAUGGCUUGGUAAAAGCUCUAUGAGCUUUUCAGUUAGCACAAACCACAGAAAUCUUACCAACUUUUAGCAUUUGUUUAUCCUCUCUGGGGAGUCAAGCAAAGGUUUUCAAAAUUUGUACCACCCUUUGAUCAAAAUCAUCUUUCAUCAUCAGUUGAACAGGAUAAUUCAAAAUUUAUAUGCACUUAAUUUUAUGCUAAACAUUGAGAAAAUUUGUAGCUUCUCAAUCUCCAGAAAACCUGAAGAUUUUUUGUUGUUUCUGUAUAGAAACUCAGUAAAAAGUCCUGGAAAGAUGAGUCGUGUAUAAUAAGCUUGGCUAAGGUAGGGACUGAAGAGAAAAAUAGAACUUAAGAGGAAGAAUAAGAUUUAAACAUAUAAAGUUGUGUGUUUUCAAACUUUCCCCUGUGGUUACAAAUACAGAACAGUCUGCCAUUAGUUAAAUAGAUAUGCCAUGAAAAAAUAGAUAUACCGUGGUUCUGAGGCUAGAAAGAUUUUGGGGAAGAAGAGGAGGUACAUUACUAGUGUCUAUCAGUCUUUCUCAUUAGGGUUUCCAGGAAAAAAUUAAGCCCUAACUCCCUGUGGCAUCUAGAAAGGUACUGAUUAUAUACCAUCUCGAGAAUGGAGAAAGUCAUCAGUCAAAUAAUUUACUGUGUUCUGUGUUUCAGAUGAGCCCAAGCAGUACGUAGGAAUCUGUGUUGGUAGUAAAUCUUGUAGAAUGGGUGAGAUAGAGAAAUGAAUUUUGUAAACAUCUGCCUGACAAAUGUAGUAUAAAGCACAUCUUCGCAAUUAAUUCUGAGGUCUUUUAGCAUUUAACUUAACCUACGUAUGCUAUUUUAUACGGAACACACUCAAAUCAUAUCUUCCCAGGUACAUUGGGAACUUCAGUGUCUAGUAAGUUCUCAAGUAGUUACACCCUCGUAUUGAAAAAAGAAGCAUGAAACAAUGGCUAGAGCAAAACCACAUUAUUGAUAAUACCACAUUUUAUUGGGUUUUCUUCAUUUCUAAAAGAAUGUUACUAUUAGUACUUUAAAUAUUAGAAUCUCUGAUUCCAUACCUUAGUAAACUUUAGGACAUGCUGACGGCUGGAAUGCCAUGUACCAGAUGCCAUCUAGAUUAACAAUAUAUACAGUUUCUGUUAUAAUUUUUUUAUUUCUUAUUUUUAAAGGAGAGAGCAAGCAGGGGAGGGGCAGAGAGUAGGGGACAGAGGAUCCUGGUUGGGUUCUAUGGUGACAGAGAGUCCCAUGUGGGUCUCAGACUCACAAACCAUGAUAUCAUGACCUGAAGUUGGACUCUUAACCUACUGAGCAACCCAGGUGCCCCACAAAGUUUCUCUUAUAAUGAACAAGAUCUUACUGGUCAAUAACCAGUGGCCACUCAUAAAAGAUGAAAGUUGCCCCAAGAAAGUAAUUGCUGUAGGAGGUACAGAAAGUGCUAGAAGGAAAGAUGCUGAAGAAAUGAAAGUACUGUUUAUGCUUUUCUAAGCAGUUAGUCAUAAAGAGAUUUUUGUACUUUUUGCUCAUUGGAAUAUCGAUAUUAGGUUUCUGAAAUAAUUUGAUGACAGGUGAGGGGACUAUGUGAUUAUUUUACUUUCUGACAUUUACUUAAAGGAUACUGUGUGUACAUUCAGCCUACUUAAUUCGGUUUUUUCUAUUGUUUUUGACUAACUCCUCUUUUGGAAAUGCCAUCUUAAAAUAAAAGGCAUAUGGUUUUA